AUGGCUCCGGCUCCGUCAACCCCGAGGCACACAGCACGAGGCCGGCCUCGGGGGCGUCCCAAGGGACCCGGCUCUGUAAGCGCGUCCCGCUCCAAGCGCAUCGCUCCCGACGGCCCAGCCACUGAACCGCCUCCCAAAAAGCGUCGGUACAUUCCAGGUGGCCCUGGCGGUGGCGGGCGCUUUGUGGACGAGGACGGCACCGAGAUUCCCGCCGAGUCGCACGGCCCCUCCACGACCGUGUCCCGACCCCGGCUCGCUGCCGCGACUCAAGCACAGGCUACUCCGAGCGUGUAUCCACCACGAAGAGAGCCCAGCAGGCGCAUUCGGACAGCUGUUAACCGAGACGAACGAGACGAUAUGCAGUACAGCUCCGCGGCAGCCGUAGCCGCAGCCGUCGUGCAGAGUGAAGGGUACAAGCCACGCGAGGAGCGCGGAUGGGAGGAGUUUCACCCGAAUCUCGACAUCGAAGCAACCUUCAUGGUAUACCAGGCCGAUGAAGUAGACGGAGUCAUCAGAUCUGUCCCACCCACUCCGGCCGUCCACGCCUCCGGCACGCUCAUGAACGGCGGAGGGACCCCAACCAAAGAGGCAAACCCCGGUCUCGCCAACGGUGAAAACGGAACACCAAGCGGGCAGGGCAAGCCUUUCAUCGGCGGAUCGCUUGUAGAUACACCAAGCAGGCGCCGUGUUGGCAGGCCGGCUCGAGAGUCGUUCUCGCUGUACGCCACUAGGACCCUCGACUCUGGCCCGAAGGUUCCCAAAGUCCUCCCCAUCUCGGGCCAGACCUCCAAAGAGCGUCUCGACUUGAAGGCACCUCAGUACCGCAGGACGAACCGCAUCGCAUUGUUCGAGAGCAAGACGUUUGGUCAAGCAAGGUAUGUCGACAAGUCGAUGAUGAAUGUCGGCUAUCAAGAGAGCGACAACUUCAUUCGGCCGGACCGCAACCUGAUCAAGGCGACGGAUGCGAAUAUGGAGGAGGAUGCCGAACUGUGUGGUGCUGCGGGGAAAGCCGAUGGCGAUGCGGUCCAGCACCCAGCGGGCGUCGUGGGUCGCGUGGAGUACGACAUGGACGAGCAGGACGACAUGUGGCUCGAAAAGCUCAACGCGCAGCGCAAGGCGGCCGACCUGGACCCGAUAACCCGCGAGAUCUUUGAAAUCACGAUAACCAAGAUUGAAAAGGAGUGGCAUGCCCUCGAAAAGAGGAUACCAAAACCGAACCCGAAGCCGCCGCAGACCCAUCGACCGCGCUCAAGUUCAGCGGCGGCAGUCAACGGCGAGCCGCAGGCUGGCGAGGAGCAGGACAGCAAAUGCGCCAUCUGCGACGACGGCGACUGCGAGAACACUAACGCCAUUGUCUUUUGUGAUGGCUGCGACCUUGCCGUCCAUCAAGAGUGCUAUGGGGUGCCAUUCAUUCCUGAGGGACAAUGGCUAUGUCGCAAGUGCCAGCUUAUUGGGCGCGGUAUUCCGACUUGCAUUUUCUGUCCAAAUACCGACGGGGCGUUCAAGCAGACGAACUCGUCCAAAUGGGCUCAUCUGCUGUGCGCCAUGUGGAUCCCCGAGGUGUCCCUAGGCAACCAUACCUUCAUGGAGCCUGUCAUGGAGGUGGAAAAAGUGCCCAAGACGAGGUGGAGGUUGACGUGCUACAUCUGCAGCCAGCGGAUGGGCGCCUGCAUCCAGUGUUCUAACAAAAACUGCUACCAGGCCUUCCAUGUGACGUGUGCCCGCCGGUGCCGGCUCUUCCUUAAGAUGAAGAACAACCAGGGGGCCCUUGCGGUGCUGGAUGGCUCUCCCCCGCUGAAGGCCUUCUGCGACAAGCACUGCCCCGAGAACUACGCCGAGGAAAACGGUGUGGCCCGGGCCACCAAGGAAGCAAAGCGCUUCUACAAGCGCACCAUGAAAAACCGCAUCUGGGCCGACAGCCAAGCCUCGGCCUUGCAGCUGGCCGCCGCCCACCGCAACGCCAUAACAGAGCACCCGCCCGACGAAUCCCAACUUACCGGCGCAAAGGUUUCGGCUGUGCUCGCAGAUAAAAAAAAGGGACAACCACCCAAAAACGUCUGGAAACUACCGUCGGGCGCACCCGUCAUCCCGCAGGCGGUUUACGACCUGGUCGAGAGCGCUCUCGCACGGUUUCCGAUUCGCAAACGCAAGGACUUUGUGGGCGAGGCCUGCAAAUACUGGACCCUCAAACGCGAGGCACGCCGCGGCGCCGCCUUGCUCAAGCGACUGCAGCUGCAAAUGGAGACGUUUACAUCCAUGGAGUUGACGCGUCGCGACUUCGCCGCCAUGGGCUCCUCGGGCAGGGCGCGGCUCGACAGGAGAAUCGAGUUCGCACGCAUGCUCGAGGACGAUCUGGCCAAGCUCAAGGAGCUAUGCGAACUGGUCCGGCAGCGCGAGGCUAUCAAGCUCGAGCUGGCCGAGAUUGAGGCCGACAUGAUCCAUACGUGCUAUUUCCCCAUCGCCAAGGAGCUGCGGCCGAUUCUUGAUAAGGCCAUUUUCCUCGACAAGAACGUUUUCAAGGAGGGUUUCCAGCAGAUGCAGAACCGCAUGGAUAAGCUUCACUAUGUCACCGCCAUACCUUUUGCCCGCGAUCUUUGCCAGGUUAUCCAUGUGGGAAUCAACAAGCCCCCGGCAGCCCAAGAAUACCGGGCAGAGCCUGUCGAGACCACCCCCAGCAAAUACAACAACUUUGCAGAGAUCGGCGCCCGCAAGCGCUUAGGCAAGCGAAUCCUGAAGCUGCUUCAGCCGCACCUGGAAGAUACGCUGAAAGCCGAGACGGAAAUCACCCGUCAGCCGUAUGAGCCGCUCCACAAGAUCCUCGAAGCUAUGCUUGAGGCGAGCGUCGAGGUGCGCCCGCAGCCGGCGACCAGUAUCAUGGUCUCGGACGCAGCACUCAGCCAGGAUCAAGACGUUGACAUGACGGAUGCGCCCGCCGAGGGCCAGAUCAUCGUCGCCGACCACAGCGAGGGCGUCAAAGACGCCGAGGCCGAGCUUGACGGAGCCCUGGAUGACACCAACAUUGAAGUCGGCGGCGGCUACGAGCACGACGAAAUAACACCGAAACCCAACGGCGUCCUCUCCACCGCGCAAUCCGUUUCGGACGAGCCGCACCUCACAAACGGCUUCUUCACCAACACAACCUCCAAACCGUCCACCGCUCCCGCCUCCCAGGCUUCCUUGCCCGGCGCUAGCUACACCACUCACUUCUCUUCUCGUCCUGAUCAACAUACCCUUAACAAUAACACUGGCGGCGAAGAUACCGGCCCGCUAACCCCGCCGCGAUCCAACACCGGCUCUGCGUCCGCUGCUUCUUUUACCAUGACGGUUCCCAAUAACAAUAACAACCCCAUCAUCACUGUAACCAAUGCCACCACCCCGCCGGCAGCAGCAGCAGCAGCAAAUGCCCCAGCAUCGUCGUCGACAACAGCGCACAACCCGCUCACAGACGGCGGCAUCAUGUGGUAUCUGGCGGAUUUCCAGCUGGUUGGUACCACGGCCGUGGAUCCUGAUGGUGUUGUUAGUGAUGAUGAUGCUGAUGAUGGUAAUGGGGAGGGGGAAGAUGGUGAUGGUGAUGGUGAUGAGAAAUGGACUCACGGGCGCGAGGCGGCGCUACGGAGUCUGAGCGAGGAGCUGACUGAUUUAGAUGACGAGGCGUUGAGGGAUUUGGGGGUUGGGGUUGAUGUUGAUGUUACUGUUGAGGCGGAUGCUCAUGCUGGUGGUGAUGAGGGAAAGGUGGGAGAUGAUGGUGAUGAUGCUGAUGAUGCAGGGGGGGACGAUGUGGUGAUGGGAGAUGGGAUUGAUGAUGAUAGGUUGGAUGACGAGGCGGAUGAGAUGACCAUCACUUUUGCCGGGGAUGGGGCCUCGAAUGCGGACGGGAACGGUGCCGAGGCUUCUCGUCCUGACGGUGUUGUCAAUCGUCGGGAUGCUGCUACUGCGAUUGCUGCUGCUGCUGCUGCUGGUAGUGGCGGUGGGAACGCCCAGCAGAAUGGAAGCCCCGCGGUGGCGAAGAAGGCGCAGACGGUGGUAGCCGGCUCCGGCGGCGGCGCCGGCGGCAGCCCGCGGAAGAGGACGCGCAGCGAGGUGGCUGCGGCUGCGGCGGCGAGUGGGAGGGGGAGGUUUUCGCUGCGGAGUCGCAGCGCUGCGCGGAGGAAGUAA